AUGUCGUUUCGAUUUUCUGGGGGAUCCCGGGUCUGUUCUCGAGCUGGGUCUGUCAGGCUGUCCAGGGGAGGGACAGGCUUUGUGGCUGGGAACGUGUGUGUGGGACCUGGAGCAGAAAGCAGCUUUUCUUGCACCCUUGGAGGCAUCUCUUCUGGAGGAAGCUUUGGCAAUGGCAAUGAGGUGUCAGGAAGAACUAACAGCACUGGUUUCCUUAACAACGAGCCCGGACUCCUCUCUGGGAAUGAGAAGGUGACCAUGCAGAACCUCAAUGACCGUCUGGCAUUGUACCUGAACCAUGUGAGUGCCCUGGAGGAAGCCAACACUGACCUGGAGAAGAAGAUUGAGGGCUGGUAUGAGAAAUACGGGCCUGGCAGUAGCCGUGGACUCAACUAUGACUACAGCAAGUAUUUCUCAGUCAUCGAGGAUCUGAAAAGACAGAUUGUUUCUAUGACCACCUGCAAUGCGAACCUUAUUCUUCAGAAUGACAAUGCUAGACUCACAGCGGAUGACUUCAAGAUGAAGUAG